AUGGCGUCUGGUGCUGUUGACAGCCAGGCCGACAGGCCAGGCUUGAAGCUUGAAACCACUACCACGACUCUUAAGACCAAGUUGUCGCAGGAAACCCUCACUCAGCCGUUCCCGACCCUGGAAGAGAAGGAAACCCGCGAGUCACGACCCUCAGAUCUCUCCACCCCCGCGACAGCGCGCCUCAACCCAUUCGACACCGACAUCGAGGCAAGGCCCGUCAUGACGCACGAUUCGAGCCGGAAGUCGGCUGAGUGCACGAAAGGAGGGACUGACUGCCACGUCUGGCCCGGCCAGGACCAUUGGAAGCGCAAGGCGAAGGCGGCGCGGAAGAACAAGCACAACUGCACAUGUUUGGCGGGUCUUAGCAGGCGCAACCGUAUUGCGGUCAAGAUCCUGAUUAUCGUUCUCAUCGUCGGCGUCGCUGUGGCGGUCGGUUUUGGCGUCAGCAAACCACUCGGCGCGGGGAUCUGGCGCAGCGAGACUCAGAACUGA